UAAAUUUUUUUUGAGUGAAAGUUUACGAAGAAAUACAAUGCGAUUUAGCUUAGUAGGUUGGGAGAAAAUUGGGUUCACUUUAUGCAUAAUUUAAAAGGUAGCUUUAGCUAGCUUAGCACAAACCGUUUGUUCUUGAAUCAGUGCCGCUAACGCUGCUAGCCUGGCUAACUGUGGACUCUCCAUGAGAAACCAGGGGUCUUACACAGUCCAGUAGGUUUUACCUGGGGGUAUGAACAGAAAACGGGCUCUGAUCUCCGACGUUUUCAAAGUGAAGAAAAGGAGAAAUGGCACAGAAAAGUUUGGGGCUGUUGACGACGGGGACGGACGCGUUGACGUGAAAUCCACCCUGGAGUUCCUCAUGACACUGUUUCCCAGGAAGCUCUUCAACGACACCUUGCCUCCGAUUGUACUGAAGCACCAGCUCUACAGCAUCCACAAUGACAAGACCUUGGUGGAUAAGGAAGUGAAUAAACUCCAGGAGAGUGGGGAGCUGCUGACCUUCCAGCUCGGCUUCGACUCGGAGGCGUUCGGUCUGGUUUUUGCGGCGGACUACAAGGCCAAGGUGCUGGCUGGCGAAGAGGGGCGAGCGACACGAACCACCGUUGAGAAGUUCCUGGAGAAAGUGGUGUCCUCCUGCACCGACCUGAGCUUCAGCAAAGACAAGAUGCUGAGAGAGUUUCUCUUCACAGACCCGGAGAUAACGCAGCUGGUGAAGUCGGGGGUCCUGACUGUGAGGGACGCCGGCAGCUGGUGGCUUUCCAUCCCCAACUCUGGCAAGUUCACAAAGUAUUUUAUUCAAGGCCGUAAAGCGGUGCUCGGCAUGGUGAAGAAGGCCAAAUACAACGAAGUGUUACGAGCCGAGUUGGAGGAGCGACGCACGCCCUCACAAGUCAAGUUUCCCAUGAAAUAUCAUGUUCAUGACAUUAUCGGGGCAGAAUUGGUAGAAAGCAUACCUACAACUUCGGGGACUUUGUUACGAUUUGCAGAUUCCUGAUCUGCUACCAAGCAGCUGUUGAGCUUCUGAAGACGAGAACCGCGAACAUCAACCAAAAGCUUUUGAACGCCACUGAGCGAAUGAACUUUUCAUUCAGAAAUGUGAAGUUUGUGCCAUAAAUAUUACCAACCCUGUUGGGGUUAAUGAAUUGUAAAUUUUAUUUAGAUGACAUUGUUAAAUGUUGGGCCGACUUAUAAUAAAAACGACUUUAAACCUUAA